CCGCUCUGGCGGCUAUUGUGGCUCAUAGAACUGGCUAAUCAGCGAAUACAGCGUGCCCUGUCGCUCUCCAGUACCGCAUCGCUCGAACGCAAACUGCUGCGUGCGUUUUGCGCGCCGCUGCGAGCGAUUCACUGCCGCGCUGCAAGCUGCACGCAGGCGCAACGGCUGCGCGCUCGGCGCAGUAACAACACCACACUGCUGCGCAAGCAAAUGCUGCGCCUCGCCGUCGCCGCGGCGCUGCUGCAGGGCUGCCGCGGCUUCAGCGCUUCACCACGACCGCGCCGCGCGCUGACGAUCCGAGACGCGGACUACCAGUACUCCGAGCGCGGCCGCGGCGGCGGGCGCGGGCGAGGCCGAGGACGCGGCCGGGGACGGGGCCGGGGCCGAGGAGACUUCGAGAAGCGCCCUGGGGACUGGGACUGCCCGAAGUGCCGGGCCAUGAACUUCGCGAGUCGGCGGCAGUGUUUUCGGUGCGGCUUCGCGAACCCGAAGCCGCCCUCCAAAAAUAGAAGAAGGCCGAACCAGUUUUCGUGGAUGGAGGCCACGAAGGAGAGCGGCGGGCCCAAGGCCGUGGUGGACGCGUUACCUGGUUCCGUGUGGUGGCUGAACCCCGACGAGAUUUCCGAGGAGCGCGUCGAGGCUAUAAUGAGAGAGCGGGGCCUGGACCCGGCCGACGUCGACGUACAAACGCUGAAGGAGGCCGCGGCCACAACGUACUCGCUGGACGACGACAACUUCACCGAACCGUCAUUUAAUGAGCGCGUCAAGGACUACGGCAUGGCGGACCCGGACGUCUACGAGCCGCUCGCGGCGGACCCGUGGUGCGGCGACGACCCGCCUCCUGAUGCGUCGUCCGAGGACUAA